CUUUAAUUGAUGCACAAAGAAACUUAAAAAGUGUAUCAUUUGAUUUUCAGACUAAGGAAGGGACUUGUGAGGAACUAAGCAAGGCAUUAGCAAGGAAAGGUUGUACAAUUAAUAAUCUUUCUUUAUAUGGUUCUGUUGAUAUUAUUCCCCUAUCAUUUUUAAUGUCACUUAAUAAUUUAAAAGAUUUGAUAAUUUAUUAUGAUUUUGAAAGUUAUGGGAGGAUUUUAAAAUUUCAAAAAUAUUUGGCAAAUUCAAAAUUUCCGGAUCUUCAGAUUCUUGAUAUUAGUGAUGAUUUAUUAUGUUUUAAGGAAUUAUCAAUGUUAAUUGAAAAUACCAAUGGAAAUAUUACGGAUAUCUUUGUUUAUACUUCUAAUAAAUCUGCUGAAAAUACGGGAAUGUUUAUUAAUUCAAUUUCUAAUAAUUGUCCAAAGAUUGAAUUUUUAACUACAUACCUUGGUCCUAAAGAUUUAAUUCAUAUAAAAUCAUUAUUAAAGAAUUGUAGAAAUCUAAAAAGUUUACGUUUUAAUAGUUUGAAUGAAAUUAAAAAUAUUGGUGAUGGUUUAUUAAAUAUUUUAGCUAAAUUUUCUCCAAAAUCUUUAUCUAAUAUAUCAAUUAGUGGGAAAUGGAAAUAUUCUGUUGGUUCUUUUGAAAAUCUUUUUGAAAGUUAUAAAAAAAGAAGAUUACUUCAUUUUGAUAUUCAUGAUGAAAUUGUGUAUAUUACAACAGAACAUGCAAAAGUUGUUAAGAAAUAUUACGAUGAGGGUGUAAUAGCAUAUUCAAAUCUUAUUAUAACUGGUACUAGUGAGUACUAGCUAAUUUUAUGUAUUUUUAGGUAUUAUUGGAUAAAGUAUGGGUUUAUUUUAUAGCAGA